AUGGUUUUUGUGACAAAGCUAUUCUUUUCCAGUUAUAAUGGAGCAAAAGAAGCAGCAAUCCAUCAUUAUACUAAAAGCUUCAGAGGUUUUUCCGCCAUGCUUACAUCCGAUCAAGCAACAAGACUUUCAGAAAACGAAGCUGUUAUUUCAGUCUUCGAGAGCAGAAUGAAUCAACUGCAUACGACUAAGUCAUGGAGAUUUCUAGGAGUAGAUUCUAUUCCACAAUAUAACAAACUUCCAAUGGAUAUAAAAUCAGAUGUAAUUGUUGGUGUCAUUGAUACUGGCUUUUGGCCGGAAUCUCAAAGCUUCGAUGACUAUGGACUGGGGCCUGUGCCAAUAAAAUUCAAGGGAGAAUGUGUUCCUGGACAGAAAUUCACACAAUCCAACUGCAACAGAAAGAUUAUAGGAGCUAGAUACUACUCGAAAGGAUUUGAAGCAAUAAACGGACCUCUAGAGAACCUCAACCGAACUUUCUUUCGAUCAGCACGAGACACUGAUGGCCACGGGACCCACACCUCCUCUACUAUCGCCGGAGCAAAAGUCUCCAACGUGAGUUUACAUGGGUUAGCAUCCGGUAUAGCCACCGGAGGUGUACCAAGUGCUAGACUUUCCAUCUACAAAGCUUGUUGGUUCAACGACUGUGAAGACGCCGACCUUCUCGCAGCACUCGAUGAUGCGAUACACGAUGGUGUUGAUGUUAUUUCUAUGUCUCUUGGUCCAUUUCCACCUCAACCGGUUUACUUUGAGGAUGUGAUUUCGAUUGGAUCAUUUCAUGCUUUUGAUAAAGGAAUUGUCGUAUGCGCGUCUGCUGGGAACAGUUUUUUGCCAAACACGGCGACCAAUGUGGCCCCGUGGAUCCUUACUGUUGGUGCUAGCACGAUUGAUCGCGAAUUUCCGUCAUACGUGCUACUUGGAAAUAUGAAGCAAUUGAAGGGUUUCGGUGUAAACACCACACCUGAUGUAGGGAAACAAUAUAGUCUUAUAUCUGGAGGUGUUGCUGCAGCUUCCGGUAUCCCAUCAAGAAAUGCAAGCUUUUGCAAGAAAAACACAUUGGAUUCAAACUUGAUAAAGGGGAAGAUUGUGGUGUGUACACUUGAGAGUUUGACCGAGGACAGAAAAGAGAAAGCGAUUGCAAUAAAAGAAGGCGGAGGUGCGGGGAUGAUCCUAGUUGAUCCUCUAGCGAAAUACGUUCUCUUUCAACCUGUGAUCCGAAGCGUUUUAAUUGGUCAAGAAGAAGCUCAAGAGCUUCAAUCGUACAUGAACACUAAUAAGAACUCGACUGCUAGAAUCUACCAAACAGUAACACAUGUCGGGAUUAAACCAGCACCAAUCAUGGCGAUUUUUUCCUCCAAGGGGCCGAAUAUAAUAACUCCUGACAUCAUUAAACCGGAUAUCACUGCACCAGGGGUGAACAUUUUGGCUGCAUGGUCACCUUUAGCGACGGAAGACACUGCUGGCAACAACCUUAACUAUAACAUAAUCUCCGGCACAUCUAUGUCAUGUCCACAUGUUGCUGGAGUCGCAGCAUUGUUAAAAUCAGUUCAUCCGAACUGGAGUCCUGCCAUGAUAAAAUCUGCGAUAAUGACCACAGCUGUUAGAACCGAUAACACCCGAAACCUCAUAAAAAACGACGAUUCAACUUAUGCGACACCUUUUGAUUACGGAUCAGGACACAUAAAUCCGGUUGCAGCGGUCAACCCUGGACUUGUUUACGAUUUUGACACCAAUGAUCUCAUCAACCUCCUUUGCAGCAGCGGUGCAACUCUCUCACAAAUCAAGAACUUGACCACAACGCCAGUUUACUGCAAGAAUCCUCCCACAGCCUCCUACAACUUCAACUAUCCGUCGAUUGGUGUCGCUAAUUUGAGUGGAAAUUUGUCGGUGUACAGGACAGUUACUUACAUUGGUGAAGGCCCGGCAGUUUUUUAUUCGAAACUAGAAAUCACAGGAGUAAAAGCUUCGGUUUACCCUAAUGUUAUGAGGUUUGGGAAGUACGGGGAGAAGUUGACUUACAGGAUUGAUUUUGGAACUUAUAAGAGCAGCAAUGGCAGCUUUGAGUUUGGAUCGUUGACAUGGAUGAAUAACAUUUAUAGGGUUAGGAGUCCGAUUGCAGUUAAUGUGGUCUCGGCUUAG